GACAUCAUCACAAAGCAGUUCAUGUAGCUAGCAAGUGGUUUGUUCUUAGGGUGACAAAGGAGGAAAUCGCUCCCCUUCUGGAGGACGCAUGCUGUUUCUUGGGGAUUCUGCUGAUCACCAGAUAUGAGCAUGUAUUUGUGGCUUAAACUUCUGGCAUUUGGCUUUGCCGUCCUGGAUACAGAUAUAUUUGUUACAGGACAAAUUGUGACUACUUCCACUCCUGGACUGACCGCAGCCCAGAAGCCCAGUGCUGUGCCUCCUAGCGACCCCUCACCUGCUCUCACCACCGCAUCCUCACCCCCAGGCAUCUCUGAAAGAGGAAAUGACUCCUCAGAGACCACACCUGCCCCUAGGCCAAGCGGUUCCUCAGCCCCUGUCUCCCUGGACCCUUUGGAUAAUGCUAAUGCUCUGAACCUGACAGGUGUUGCAACCACACCGACGCCUCUCCCUCGCAUGCACGCCGACUCGCCGGCGCCCUCUACCGGAGGAGCUGACCCUCAGGCACUCAGCGGCAGGGCUGACCUUACCACACUCGAGCCCGCCUCGGGCGGGCCUGAACCCUCAGAUCUCACCUCUGUAGCCACUGCAGCAUCCACACAGAGCCCUGCAGCAAGCAUUCUCCCUUCAAGCACAGCAAUAGUUCCUGCUACAACUCCAACUCCAUGUGAUAAAAAAUAUGAUAAUUUCUUCGUGACAUACACAUAUGACAAGAACAGUAAAUUAUUUAGGGCAAAACUGGGUCUUCCUGAUACCGCAACAUGUAAUUCUUCGAAAUGUGAAGACUUGCCAGGCCUAAGAGAGUGCUCAUAUUCCAGUGUUGAAGUAGCCGAUGAUUCGUGUCAUGGAGCUAAAGUUUUCCAGUUAGAUGUACCACCAGAAUAUGAAACGCUCCAGUUAAUUGACUGUACACGGGAAGAAGAAGCAGAUACUUCACUUUGUUUAUGUUGGGAAAAAAACCAACCCUUUAAUUGUACUAAAAGUUUUACAUAUGAAUUUCAAUGUGAUUCUUCAACAUCUAAUGGCAAAUGUAUUAAAUUAAAUAAACUUCUUCCCAAAACAAAGUAUAGUUGUAGUGCACAAGUAUUAUACAAUGGCCAGAGUUACAGAAAUGAAACUAAACAUAUUGAAACAGAUUUAGGGGCUCCGGGAAAGCCUCAGGAGUUUUCUUGUAAAGGUACAAAUAUUACAGGAGAAGUUGUCUGGCUUCCCCCAGCUAAAUCAAAUGUAUCUGGAUUUUAUCUUUCUUAUUUGGAAAUAUCAGGGAAAGAAAAAGACAAAUUCAUCACUCUGAAUGCGAAUGUGACCAAAUAUAAUUUGGAGCUUUUGGAGCCUUACACAAACUAUCGUGUAUCCCUGUUUGCCUAUGUCACAGCAAAAGUGCCACGGAACGGAAGCACGGUGACUUGUGAAUUUCAGACGCAGGUUGGACGUCCAAGCCAGGUUCAGUCACUGCAAGUAUUUCAGACAUCAGAUAAUAGUGUGGUUGUCACCUGUAACAAACCUGAUAAGAUUAAUGGCCCUAGUGUGACGUAUGAUUUGGAAGUCAGAAUUAAAAAUGACGUGACUAAAAGUGUUUCCAAUAACACCUGCACAUUUACUUUAUCAAGUCUUCAUUAUUCAACAGACUAUGAGUUUUGGGUAUAUCCUGCCAAUAAUUUGUAUAAGGGAGAACCAGCUAAAAUAUUUCACACAACGUCUUAUAAUUCCAAAGCACUGAUUGCAUUUCUGAUAUUUCUGAUUAUUGUGACAUCAAUCGCUCUGCUUGUGGUACUCUAUAAAAUAUAUGAUCUGCACAAGAAGAGAUCCAGAAACUUAGAUGAACAACAGGAACUUGUUGAUAUAGAUGAUGAAAAACAGCUGAUGAACGUGGAGCCCAUUCAGGCGGACGUUUUGUUGGAAACAUAUAAGAGAAAAAUUGCUGACGAAGGUCGACUUUUUCUGGCUGAAUUUCAGAGCAUUCCACGUGUGUUCAGUAAGUUUUCUAUCAAGGAUGCUCGAAAGUCAUUUAACCAAAAUAAAAACCGCUAUGUUGACAUCCUUCCAUAUGACUAUAACCGUGUUGAACUCUCUGAAAUAAAUGGAGAUGCAGGGUCAACCUAUGUAAAUGCCAGCUAUAUUGACGGUUUCAAAGAACCCAGGAAAUACAUCGCUGCUCAAGGACCCAGGGAUGAAACUGUUGAUGAUUUCUGGAGGAUGAUCUGGGAACAGAAAGCCACAGUUAUUGUCAUGGUCACCAGGUGUGAGGAAGGAAACAGGAAUAAAUGUGCAGAAUACUGGCCCUCAAUGGAAGAAGGCACUCGGACUUUCGGAGAUGUCACUGUAAAGAUCAGUGAGCACAAAAGAUGCCCUGAUUAUAUCAUCCAGAAAAUGAACAUUACACACAAAAAAGAAAAAGGAACGAGAAGAGAGGUGACUCACAUCCAGUUCACAAGCUGGCCGGACCACGGGGUGCCCGAAGACCCUCACCUGCUGCUCAGACUGAGAAGGAGGGUGAACGCUUUCAGCAACUUCUUCAGCGGCCCCAUCGUAGUGCACUGCAGCGCGGGUGUUGGGCGCACGGGAACCUACAUUGGGAUCGAUGCCAUGCUCGAAGGCCUGGAAGCGGAGGGCAAGGUGGACGUCUACGGUUACGUCGUCAAGCUCCGGCGACAGAGGUGCCUUAUGGUGCAAGUAGAGGCACAGUAUAUCCUGAUCCAUCAGGCUUUAGUGGAAUACAACCAGUUUGGAGAAACAGAAGUGAGUUUGGCUGACUUACAUUCACAUUCAUAUCUGCAAAACAUGAAGAAAAGAGACCCACCCAGCGAGCCAUCUCCACUGGAGGCUGAAUUCCAGAGACUUCCUUCAUAUAGAAGCUGGAGAACACAGCAUAUUGGACAUCAAGAGGAAAAUAAAAAGAAAAACAGAAAUUCAAAUGUUAUUCCAUAUGACUUUAACAGAGUGGCACUUAAACAUGAGCUGGAAAUGAGCAAAGAGAGCGAGCAUGAUUCGGAUGAGUCAUCCGAUGAUGACAGUGACUCCGAGGAAACGAGCAAAUACAUCAACGCAUCUUUUGUCAUGAGUUACUGGAAACCGGAAAUGAUGAUUGCUGCUCAGGGACCACUGGAAGAGACCAUUGUUGACUUCUGGCAGAUGAUAUUCCAAAGAAAAGUCAAGGUCAUUGUUAUGUUGACAGAGCUGAAGCAUGGAGACCAGGAAAUCUGUGCUCAGUACUGGGGAGAAGGAAAGCAAACAUAUGGAGAUUUAGAAGUUGAUAUCAAAGACACAAAUAUAUCUUCAGUGUACACAGUCCGUGAAUUUGAACUGAGACAUUCCAAGAGGAAAGACACUCGAACUGUGUACCAGUACCAAUAUACUAAUUGGAGUGUGGACCAGCUGCCUGCACAGCCCAAAGAACUGGUCUCAAUGAUUCAAGCCCUGAAACAGAAACUUCCCAAGAAGACUUUCACUGAAGGGAAUAAGUACCACAAGAGUGUGCCUAUCCUAGUUCACUGCAGAGAUGGAUCUCAGCAAACAGGAGUUUUCUGUGCUUUGCUGAAUCUCAUGGAAAGUGCAGAAACAGAGGGAGUAGUAGAUGUUUUUCAAGUAGUGAAAUCUCUACGCAAAGCUAGGCCAGGCAUGGUUUCCACAUAUGAGCAAUAUGAAUUCCUCUAUGACAUUAUUGCCAGCACCUACCCUGCCCAGAAUGGACAAGUAAAGAAAAAGAGCAAUCAAGAAGAUAAAAUUGAAUUCGAUAAUGAAGUGGACAAAACAAAGCAGGAUGCUAACUGUGUCGGUUCAACCGGUGCCCCAGAUCAGGCCCAAGAAGGCGUCAAAGAGGCAGAAGGAUGUAAAUCUCUCAGCGGUUCAGAGAGGCCAGAACAUUCUCCCAAUGGCCCUGCAAGUCCAGCUUCAUCUGAGAGUUCCUAGGAAAAGGGAGCGACUCCAGGUCUCAUAUUAGCUGUGGUUUCUGUUUUCUAGAAGGGGAAAUAGUUGACUUGGGAUAAUGAAGUUCUCUGGUGGGACGCGUGGGCAGUGCCUGUUUGAAUUCUGUGGGACAAUAUUUAAGAUAGUUUUGGUGAAAUGUUUUGUAUAGUUUUCUGCUUCUCUUAGAAUCUCUGUCAUUCCACAAAAAACAACUUUGUAGUCUUCUUUGCAUGUGUAUGCUUGGUGUGAAGGUGCCUGUGAUAGGAACAGGGAGUAUGCUUUCAAGUGAACCUGAAUAUUCUUGAGAAACUCUCUUUUUUUGGUACCAGGGAUCGAACUCGGGUCCUUGCACCUGCGAGACAGGCAGCGGCACCACGGAGAUAAAUCCCCAGCCGAUACUCUUGAGAAACUUUGGCUUUUUCCAUUUCUGCAAAAAAGCUCCUAUUUCCUAUUGUACUGUUAACUGUGAUGGAAGGCUCUACUUUUUAUCAUCAGAAACUCAGAGUGUCUUGUGUGAGAAUAACCCGCAUCAUUGGAGAGUGAGCUUAAGACAUCUGCCUUGUCCUGCUCAUACACACCAGUUGCUGUUUUACUUCCAGAGGGGAGAUAUAAAUGUGGUAUGUGUGUGCAUCGAUAGCUAUGACAAGAAAGUUAAGUAAAUUACCAUUUGGAAAGCUUAUACAAAACAGUGCACAUGGCAUUGCCAAGUUUUUGUUUUAAAACAUGUAUUAAUGUAUAGAGAUAUCAAGAAAUGAUCAAUAGAAUGGUGUUCACUUAAGUGUUUUAAUCUGUGCCCGGUAGUGACAUGAUGAGGAUAUACUUCUUUCUUUGAUAGCUUCUUUUAUUUGUGCUAUUCUAAAAUCCUUCUAAGGGGAAGAAAUGAAGAAUUGCUAUUAGUGUGUGAGGCGAUGGAUAUGUUAAUUUGCUUGAUUGUAGUAAUCAUUUCUCAGUGUACGUGUAUCUCAAGGCAUGAUGUUGUACACCUUAAAUAUAUAUGAUUUUGUUUGUCAAUUAUAUUCAAUA